UGGCAGCCCUUUUACACUAUUUGGUUCAAUCUUAUGUGCGUCUUCUUCCAUGUCAAUACCUUUUCGACAACAUCGUCCAGGCUUACAUUGUUCAAUCAAAUCACAGCUCUCAACUGAGUUCCGUUACCAUUCAAGCACCUUUCAUCCAUCUUCAGCAGACUUCUCACUACCGGUUUCAUCUUUGCGACAAUACUCAG